CUGUUGUGAAAGUACUGAGCUUUUGGAAGGAAUGCAGUGACAGGUCUGGACCUGAACUUCCGCAUAAAGCAGGAAGAAGUCAACAGUCAAAAGAGCUAGAUGCAAUCCACAUCCACACACCCAAAUCUGCCUGUAAAUGACUUGAGCUUUAUUAGAGAGUAGUAUUUGAGGGAGGAACUGAUGUCUAUGAAGCUGUUAUCUUGAAACUAACCGCUGAAACAAGGAUUAAUACAUUUAAAAAGAUGGACGACAUUGACGCCAUGUUCAGUGACCUGCUGGGGGAGAUGGACCUCCUCACUCAGAGUCUCGGACAGGAAACAGUACCUCCUGCGUCUCUCCCCAGCACCAAAAAGGAAGUCAACUACUCUUUUGAUACCGACCUGAAUGAGUCUCUCAAUGAACUGGAAGACUGCGAUUUGGAUGCGCUCAUGGCUGAUUUGGUGGCUGAUCUCAAUGCCACGGAGGAGAAAUUCGCAGCACAAAAGGAAGUUCUGAAAGUGCCAUCACUGCCCCCCCCUAACCAGCUGCCACCAUCUAAGGGCCUGAGCACCCACCCUGCCUCCUCCCUCGCUUCCUCAGCAUCACCAGCGAGCAGCACGAGCAACAAUGUUAGCACCCCAGCCUCCUCCACCGCCUCCUCUUUACCACCUCCGCCCCCUCAGGCUCAAAAGCCUACAAAGGAGGAAAUGGAGGCGCACAUAAAAGCAGACAAAAUCAAGCUUGCUCUUGAGAAGCUCAAAGAAGCUAAAGUGAAAAAGUUGGUGGUGAAGGUGCUGAUGAAUGACGGCAGCUCCAAGACUCUGAUGGUGGACGAAAGACAGACUGUCAGGGAAGUUUUGGACAACCUAUUUGAGAAGACUCACUGUGACUGCAAUGUGGACUGGAGCCUGGUUGAGACCAACCCAGACCUGCAACUUGAACGGACAUUUGAAGACCACGAGAACCUCGUGGAACCUCUGUCUGCAUGGACGAGAGACAGCGAGAACAAAGUCCAUUUCCAGGAGCGGGGGGAAAAAUAUGAGGUUUUCAAAAACCCACAGAACUUUUAUUUAUGGAAGAAGGAUAAGAACACCCUCAAAGACAUGAAAGACAAAGACAAGGAGUUAUUAAUACAGGAAAACUUCUGCGGGACUUCCAUCAUCGUGCCCGAUCUCGAGGGGGUGAUGCACCUAAAAGAAGACGGCAAGAAGUCCUGGAAACCGCGGCUCUUUCAGCUAAGGGCCUCUGGAAUUUAUUACGUGCCCAAAGGAAAAACCAAGUCAUCCCGUGACCUUGUCUGCUUUGUCCAGUUUGACAAUGUAAAUGUCUACUAUGGCAAAGACUUUAAGGGCAAAUACAAGGCCCCAACUGACUUCUGCUUUUUUCUGAAGCACCCUCAGAUCCAAAAAGAGUCUCAGUACAUCAAGUACCUCUGCUGCGAUGAUGCUUGGUCCAUGAACCUUUGGGUAACCGGAAUACGGAUUGCAAAGUACGGUGCGUCGCUGUACGAAAACUAUAAAACAGCAGAGAAGGCUGCUGUCAGCUCUGUGUGGACCAACCGCAGCACUCCAUCAAACUCCAAUCCUUCAACACCCUCACCCACCAUCAAAGCCAAAUCACCAAGCCAGGCCAAUGGUCAUGCUCCCAAGCCCCAACAAGGACCUGUUUCUGUGAACUUUGGAAACGUCCCACCUCCACCCCCACCCCCACCCCCACCAUUGUCAGUUUUCCCUCAUCCAACACCUCCUUUGGCUGCAAAGAGUUCCUCUAAAAAACCUGCUGCCCCCCAGCAACACCUGCCAACAAACUUCCCUCCAUCUGCAAUGGACCUCCUCCCACCUCCACCGCCCCCACCCAAUGAAGAUGAUGCUUUAGAGGACCCGCCAGACUUCCUUCCACCCCCUCCACCGGCUGUUGGCUUUGGUUCACUACCUCCUCCGCCGCCAGUUAACUCUCCACCACUACCGCCUCCCCCAAUGAGUUUCAGGGGUGUGGACCAGUCACUGCCUCCUCCACCACCAGAUCCAGGGUUUUUACCUCCGCCUCCACCUCAGCCAAUGUUCACAGGGGCUGGAGCACCCCCGCCGCCUCCACCACCUCCCCCUGCUGCAGCCCCAGUAGCAGCGAUGCGGCCUUCUGGCUCAGUGAAGAAGAUGCCUCCUGCUCCACCAACGAGGACUACACCAUCGCUGCCUGGAGGUGGAGGUGGAGGUGGUGGUGGUGGUGGUGGAGACUUCAUGUCAGAACUGAUGAUGGCCAUGAACAAGAAGCGUGUUCAUUAGCCUGAGCAUGAAAUUUGUGGAGUAUAAAAAUAUUACAAACUGCGCCUGCACACCGACCAACCUGACCCUUGAUCGGCCUUGUCUUGACUU